GGGUGAUUCCCCUCGAAUCGGGGCCUGAUUUAGACCUGGGACACCAGGAGGGAGAUUCCCCUCUAAUCGGGGCCUGAUUUAGACAUGGGUUAUAUUAGUAAUCAGGUAGAAGAGAAAACUGCAGAGUUGUUAGAGUCAGAGUUGAAUACCCACAGUAUUUUGGUUUAAUCUAAUAUGAGGAUACAGUACAGUACAGAGGAGAGGAGACGAGGAGGAGAAGUCACUACAGUCUACUAAGAGACAGCCCAGCCCAGCUAGGGGUUUGUGGUCUGUGACUCAAUUCCUGUCAGAGAGAGACGCUGAGGGGAAAAAUAGUUUACUUUCGUCUCUACACGUGUGACAGACUUGGUACUGUCCAAACACAUCAGGUGAUAAAUCAUGAAUAUGCCAUCGAUCUGCAUUCAGCUCUAUGUCCUGGGCCUCCUGGUGAUGAUGGGGUCCAGAGCAGAGGGAGUUUUGUAUACCCCCUCUACAGCCAACCAUACCCCCUCUACAGCCAACCUGAGCCCCUCUACAGCCAACCUGAGCCCCUCUACAGCCAACCUGAACCCCUCAACAGCCAACCUGACCCCCUCUACAGCCAACCUGAACCCCUCUACAGCCAACCUGAACCCCUCUACAGCCAACCUGACCCCCUCUACAGCCAACCCUACCCCCUCUACAGCCGUCCUGAGCCCCUCUACAGCCAACCUGAGCCCCUCUACAGCCGUCCUGAGCCCCUCUACAGCCAACCUGAGCCCCUCUACAGCCAACCUGAACCCCUCUACAGCCAACCUGAACCCCUCAACAGCCAACCAGACUCCCUCAGCAGCCAACGAGAUCGACCAGACUACAUCGUCAGGGUUGACAGCCCUCAGCCAUUCACAGGGCUGGGAGUCCACUGGGACCACGGAAACCAUAUCAGCACCAGUUUCAACUACAAGAGGAAGUGACAUUGCAGGAGAGCCGAGGAAGGCAGAGCGAGUGACCACCCUCGUCCUCCGCUACACCCGCAUCGCUCUGCUCGGGUCGACCGCCCCAGUCUGUGCGCGCCGCGCCGGCGAGACCACACACCACCCCCACCAGAUCUCAACCCGCACCCUCCGCAAUGCUCUCGACUCGUGCGCCCGCAGCUACCCACGCGCCGGGUACGUACCCACCACGUCUCGCUAG